AGUGUCUUGUCUGUCUGUCCAUGAUUCUUUGUUACAGCUCUCUGUGAUGACAAGCAGCCCUUAGCAUCAUGAUCACUGGCUCUCCAUGACCAAGCCUUCCCACUGAUCACCCUUGUGAGAUUUUGUCUACAUUGCGCUCCACUUUCUGACAACGUCGUCAUUUGACCCGACCAAGAAACUGCAUGGUGUCCAACCUAUGGCCCAUUGCCUUACGGACCACCGCGCCCGUCGCAGUCGAAGAUCACAUCACUGCUCAAAUACAAGAACGAUUCCUACAACCACCAGACUUAUUCCACAAUGAUAUCGCGCGCAUUGCACAAAUGCGCAUCGACGCGACUCGAACGACUGUACCAGAGUCGACCCUUGCUGAUCAGAUCCUGGUGUACUAUCGUCAUCUAUGUACAUUGACGUCCAAGUUCCAUGAUGAUCUCUGGGAAGCAACGUGGAUGGAUCAAGUCCACGGCAGCACAAAACGACAGUCCCUUGCGUUUGAGCGAUGCAAUGUGCUCUACAAUCUCGCUGCGACUUAUGCCAUGAUGGGUUUGGCAGAAGAUCGUAGAACGAUGGAGGGACUCAAGCAGUCGCAUGCCAAGUUACAGCAAUCUGCUGGACUCUUUGCCAUGCUCGUUGAAGAUUGCAGGCGUGCACUCGACGAGGUACAACUACCGCAUGAACUCUCUGAAGAAGCCAUCACAUCAUUAGAACAACUGACGCUCGCUGAAGCUCAAGAGUGUAUAUGGCAGCGAGCAGUCAUGGAUCGCAUGAAGGAUAAAUUGAUUGCUCAACUCAGCCAACAAGUCUCAGUCUACUACGCAGCUGCACUCUCACAUCAUCAAAAAUCCAAUGCACUCGACAGCAAGCUCGUGCAUCAUUUGAGUCUCAAACGAGCCCAUUUCGCAGCUGCUGCACAAUUCAGAAUGAGUAGUCAUGCAGUCUCUCAACAAGCCUACGGCGAGGAAGUCGCUCGGUUACAGCUUGCACGCGAACUAUGCAAUGGCGCAUCAAGUCAUCGCGAUUAUGUCGCUGCACCAAUCGCUAAUGACUUCACAAGUCUCGUUGAGCGUGUUGCAUCGUCGCUUGAACGCGCCGAACGGGAUAACGAUAUCAUCUAUAUGAUUCCCGUACCAACUCCCUCACAACUUGCGGACAUUGUUCCAACGAGUAUGGUGAAGCCGGUAUUGAGCGAAACACUCAAGGCUUCUCUCAGCAGCACGACGGAUACCCUCUUUGUCUCGCUCAUGUCGAGUGUCGUUAGCAAUGUAUUGGCCAUCUACAAUCACCGCAAAGACCAGCUUGUUGCAUCGCGUGCCAUUCAACCCAUGAGCAAAUUGACGAGCGAGAUGACGGAGUUCCUACAAACGCAUGCAUUACCCGGUGCAUUGACGGCACUUGAACAACCACUCGGUUUGCCGGAUUCCAUCUUGAGGGCAACAGAACAGAUUAAAGCAAAAGGCGGCUUACCACAUCUCACUGUACUGUUGGCAGAAGGCGUCAGUUUGGCCGAUGCGAAUGAGGGUCUUAUGGCUCAAAUGACAGACAUGUUGGAUGAAGAGGAAGAAGAAGAUGCAGCCUUGCGUGGUCAAUUUGGGAAGGAGUAUCCCUUGCCUUCUUCAAAGGAUGCUUUUGGUGGAUACCGCAAGCAACUCUCACAAUACAAAGAAUUUGUUGGCAAGGCAAAACAAGCAGAUUCGCUUAUUGCACAAAAGAUCAAGCAGUGGGAACGGCCCAUCUUGCUGCUUGGUGGGGAUGUCGAAUUACUGGCAAAUGCUGUACCGGAUGCCAGAAGAAUCGCAUUGACGCCCGCAGCAGAGACGAGUGCGCAUCGUGUUCGUUCAUUACUUGCGCGAUGGGAGAGUUUACAAGUCAAGCGUCAGCAAGCACUUGAUCGUAUUCGUCGAUUUGCGGCAGAGGAUGAUCCUAAAGCACGACUACUACAAGAAGCCGAACACAUGGAUGGACAACUCGAUGCUGGUCAAUUUGAGCCACUGAUGGAGCAACUUCUUGCGCAAUACGAGCCAUUCCUUCAACCAUUACAACAACAAUCCUCACUUCAAGCAUCUCUCACACAAGAACUCAACGUCGCAGCUGCUGACUUCUUCACGCACAAAGAAGCCAUUGCAAGCGGUACGCAAGCGCGUCAGGCAGUUUUGCAACAACUCACUCAAGCAAGCGAUAAAUUCGAUGAGAUUCGGGUGAAUUUGAGUGAAGGCGCCAAGUUUUAUCAUGACUUGCAUGCAGCUUUGAAUCGUCUCGCUGAUGAAGUACGAGAACGGAUUGCUGCGAGGCGACAUGCAGUGGAGCAGGCGGAUGCGUCGAUUGUCAAGUCGCUUGAAGCUGUUCGGCUGGCAGGCGACACGUCUGCCCCGCCUGAUGUCUUGAUGACUGGGGUUUGGAGACCCGAAGAUGGCAUCAGGUUGGCGAAUAGUGCUGCAAAGCCCAAAGCAGUCAAAAAGCCUGCAAGCAAUCUCUUCGAUCCCGCCACACAUAGCAUACAAUUUGGGAAGCGGUAGAUCAAUUACACAUAGACUAUGGCGUGGCUACAG